CAAUCAGUGAUUGCUUUUGUAUUGUCAAUCACAGGAUAGGUUAAGUCAUCAAUUCUUGAGCUAAAAAUAAAGAUGGCGGCAAAGAUUCUGUUGUGCAUACUGUUUGUGGGGGUCCAAAGUGAAGUUUUGACUGUGUAUAACUAUCACAUGAACAUAGGAGUACCUCGUGCUAUUAACCUGAUGAACUCGGAAUUGAUGACUAGGAUUGUCGGGGGAAGUCAAGUGACUACACCGACCUCAUUUCCGUUUCAAGCAGGUAUAAUAGCAACACUUACAACUGGGUUUACCUCGAUUUGUGGAGGUACACUCCUCUCCAACACCAAGGUCCUAACUGCGGCCCACUGCUGGUGGGACGGCCAGAGCCAAGCCAGACUCUUCACGGUGGUUCUAGGCUCCCUCACCAUCUUCUCAGGAGGGACAAGGAUAGAAACAUCGAGAAUAGUUGUUCACCCCAACUGGAACACGAAUGAGAUCACCCAUGAUAUUGCUAUGGUGACUAUUGCGAGAGUCAGUUUUAAUAACAAUAUCCAGAGCAUCCCUAUACCUGACUUAGCAGAUGUUAAUCACAACUUUGCCGGAGCAUCGGCUGUGGUGUCCGGAUACGGGAAAACUAGUGAUGGACAAGGCAGCUUCCCAACCACGACAUCGCUUCACCAGACAACAGUCCAAGUGAUCACCAACGCCGUUUGUCAGAAGAGUUUCGACAUCACCCUUCACGGGAGUCACCUGUGCACCAACGGACAAGGUGGAGUGGGAUCCUGUGACGGCGACUCGGGUGGACCCUUGACUACAAUUCGAAACAAUCGCAGAAUUGUGAUUGGAGUGGUGUCGUUUGGAUUGGGUGACCGCUGUCAGUCAGGCUACCCAUCUGUCUACACCCGCGUUACUGCUUUCCUCACCUGGAUCCAGGCAAACUUGUAGCAAAUUCACCAAGAGCUGGGAUUGCGAAAUAGUCUGCAUAAGAAUAAAAAUUAGCAAAUA